AUGACCAGUGCUCUGAGCAAGCGCCAGCAAGCGCGCAAUGAAAAGGCUCUCCAAGACCUCGUUCACAAGGUCCCGGGCAACAAUGUAUGCGCAGACUGCCACGCGAGAAACCCAGGUUUGUUCAACCCUCCCCGUCUGAUCUCAUUUGUCGUCAUGUUAACUGACGAAAUCGCGCUCGCAGCUUGGGCAUCAUGGAGUUUGGGCGUUUUCCUAUGUAUGCGCUGUGCCGCGAUACACCGAAAGCUAGGCACCCAUAUCUCCAAGGUCAAGUCGCUGAGUAUGGACACCUGGUCCAACGAGCAGGUUGAUAAUAUGCGCAAGGUUGGCAACGUCACUUCGAACCAGAUAUACAAUCCCCAGGGUCGAAAACCACCGGUGCCGAUUGACGCUGACGAGGUCGACUCGGCCAUGGAGCGGUUUAUUCGCCAGAAAUAUUUUCACAAUAUCGCCGCCAAGCCAAGCAAGCCGCCAAGCCGGGGAUCAGACGAAGGGACGCCACCGCCGUUACCGCCCAAGAACUCAACCAAAUUCGGAUUCAGAUCAGCUUCGUCUAUUUUUCCCUUGACAUCUCGCGCAAAGAAGGAGCAGCGAGCUGUGAGCAGCUCGAGUGGUGGCGCAGUGCCGUCCCCGACGUUGCCAAACAAGCCGUCUAGGCUUUUCGGAGCCACCAUUGAUUAUGACGGACCAGAUGAAACUGACAAGAAACUGACGAAGCUUUACGAAAUGGGAUUUCAGGAUUCUCAGCGCAAUUCGAUAGUUCUCAAAGGUGUUAACGGCGAGCUGGAUCGGGCAGUUGAGGCUUUGGUCCGGCUAGGAGAAGGUGGAAAUCAAUCCCCAGCACCUGUGCCGGCACUUCGAGAACCUACACUGCGUGCCACAAGAUCCAUGACUCCGUUGAAUUCGAAUUCAGUCGCAGCUGGGCUUGGGCCGACCUUGGACGUUCCACAGAAGCCGAAGCUUGAUAGACCAACCACGUCAUCCACAACAUCUACCAAUCCCUUCGACAUGAUGCCACCUGCCCAGCCUCAAACCGCCCAGUCUACAGGCACGCUGCAUAAUAAGAGCCCAUACAAUAGCACGAAUAACCCCUUUGGAGCUCCUUCGCAACAAGCCGAUCUUGGUCAGGUGUUUCAAGGUCUACAUGUGUCAACGUCCGCGUCUCAUCCGGUAUUCUUUCCUCCGUCUAAUGGCGUACAUCAAUUUCAAAUGCCACAGCAGCAGCAACCGUACCACCAGCAGCACACGUCGCCGUCGGCUCCCGCUAGCCCUCAGAGUUAUCAGCCCAUGGCUUUCCAGAACAGCAUGACGUAUCCGCAACCGAUUUCUUCGCUCCAGCAACCCAUGCAGACCGGCUACAACCGGUUCUUCUCUCAGCCGUCGAGUCCAGCUCCAGCUCUGCAAAACCUGAACGUGAACACGGCACAGGGAGGGCUUGCCAACAAUCCGUUCCUACGAUCCCCUACGAGGAUAGCUUCCCCGGCCCUUAUACAGAUACCAGAACAAGCCCAGUCCAAUUUCUCCGAGUCGCCGUUCCUCAGUGCGUCACCUCACCCGCUGCCGACAUCAACAAAUCCAUUCUUUGCCAACAUACAGCUGCCGCACCAGCAACAGCCACAAACACAGCAGCUCGCCCAACAAACACUUGCCGUUCAGCAUCCUCAACAAUCAUACUACCAAAAACCCCGACAUGACAAAGCGUCAAUAAUGGCGCUGUUCAAUCAACCUGGACAAGAAAGUUUCAACCCUGCAGCCGCAGGGCCAAACAUGAAGACGGCAACUCCAAGUAUACCGGAAAAUCAGGUCAUCUACACUCAAUCCACCCAGCUGCUGCCCUCGGCAAACCAGCAACCACACAGUCCGUCGCAGCCAAUACCUCAAAAUACAAAUACAAGUCCGUACAUGAACCAAGCUUCGACCCAAGCGGUUCCUUUCAUAUCAAAUAAGCAAACUAGCAGGGAGAGCAUGAACCUUGGGCUUGAUAUGACUUGGACGAAUGGAAGACAUAGUCCAGAUGCAUUUGCGAGUCUAAGCGCAAGGCAUGUGUAA